GAUUUGGAGAGGGGCGAAGGACACAUGGGUGCGAAGAAGAAAUUGGAGGCUUCGAUGGUCUUUCAAGAGGCGUGGGAGCGGGCAAAGAAACUUCAGGGGUAUUUGGAGAAGAAGGAGAGGUUUUUAUGGAGCAGGAGUGGGAUAGGCAAAAAUAAAAAGAUGGCAAAA